AUGGGGAAUUCGUCAGAAGACAGUGGUCCUGAAGCUCCUGAUCAAGGAAAUCAAGUAAAUGAGGACAACAAUGGUUCUGACGGAGAAGAAGAGGGGGAGGUUGAAAAUCGAGUUGAAGAUGAAGAAUCAAUUGAUCAUAUUGGAGUUGACGAUAAAAGGUUCGCGAUUCCUUGUAGCGAUGAAUUCCUCAUGUAUGAGAAUGUGUUCAAAUUCGUUGUCAAACAUAAUACUACAUUACCGGAAGCAAGAGUUGCACUUAGAGGAUACUCAAAAUUUGUUGAUGAUGACGAAUACUUUGAGAUUCACACAUUUUUCGACGACUUCUAUCAUAUCUCGAGAAGUGAUGGAAAGAUUAAAAAAUGGGAUAUGUGGCUGCAGUUGAUAGAAGUUUUGCUUAAAGCCUUCAAUUCAUUCAAGCCUGACCUUGUUAACACGGUUUGCCAUGUGGCCAGUGUAGGAGAUAUUUUGCCCGAGAAUAUGAAAGAUACAUGUGCUGAUCGAAUCGAAAUCAUGGAAAUGCUUGUCUAUUUGAUUAAAAACCUUGUCCUUCGUCUUGAAGAUAUUGCUAUAAAAAGGGCAUACAAAGAAACUGGUAUAGAGUUACUCGAUGAAGACGAGUCAGGACCAGAUGAGGAUGUCGUUAUGGAUGAAAAUAUGUCAAACGAAGGAUUUGAGACAUGGGAGAAUGUAAGAAAACAGGUGAUUGAAAUGAUCGACUUUAUUUGUUGCUUGAACAUAUCACGUGGUAAUGGUGAAGUUAUCGAGAAUGCUAUACAAUUUCUUUCACGUCCACCAAGGUUGAACACGGAGCUACUGAGAUGCUUCUCUACAAUUAUUCUCAAAUUUGCAUCGCAUCCUCGAUUUUCGAAGAAAACUGCAAAGGACGAUCUUGCAAAGUUGGUCACUCAUUUGCGUCCACUUUGUGUUGGCUUCGAUUUCGCGAACUCUCUCGCCGAGGAGAUAGUUGAUGCAACUAUGAAGUACAACUACUUGAAAGAUGCUCGAUCGGACUAUCCUUUUGUCGAUCUCGUUGAGAAAAUUUCUGAGCCAGGUAGAAUGCACGAACAAAUGUUAUCCGUCAUGUUAUUACGUUUGUGGAGACUUCUUCCACGCGAGUCUUCUGCAACAUCCUCGCUUGCCAGACCUUAUGUUCUCCUAGUCCAGAAGCUGUCUCAGCGUGCUCCUGAAGUGUUCUUGGAUCAUUGUACGCAAGCAGCUCACGCUCUAAACUUUGAUCCACCAGCUUUACGUACCGCCAUAUUGGAAGCUUUUUGUCACAAUAUAUGCAAUAACGAAGUUUUGGCUCCUAGCCAUGUGCGUCCUGGUUCGAGUAUUUACACUAGUUAUACGAUCAUGACCGACUGUCUCCGGGACUUUCUGGAAGACACAAACCCUCAAGUUCGUUUAAAUGUGUUGAACUUUUGGGUUCACAUCGCGAAUGCACGCCGAGUUCCAUUCGAUUCACUGAAGAAGGGACUAUUCAAUUCAAUAACUGAACGAUUGAAGACUGAGAAAUCUGCUGCAGCACGUAAGCUGGCCAUGCAGUUCCUCGUUCUCUACCUCCUUCUUGGUCCUUAUGGGAAGGAAUUGAGCUUUGAUUCAUUGAGCGAAGCCUGUUCAAAUCUAGCUAACUUCAUAAAACGUAUUGAAGUGAUUGAUCCUGAACGUCCUGGAGUAACAGUAAUCAUGGAGCGAUUCAACACAUUUGUGAAUCGCAUGAGACAAACAUUGAAGAGAGUCAUUGAAACUAAAAAAUAUGAAGAAAAUAGUGAUGACCUCGUCGACGCGCCGCUGGAAAAGGUUAUAGUGGCUUUGGUCAGUAUGAUAGAAUUACGUAUGGACGACGUAAUGUGUGCAUUAGCGAAAAUGUGCUUCCUUCGCAAGUUCAAAAAUAUUAAUCCAAAUCUUCCUACAAGACAGCUCGUUGAGGAGCUUAUAAAUGAACUCCGUCGUUAUUAUAUUACCAUGAAUAUGGGCUAUAUUGGAGACUCAUUCGGACAGGAUCAUCUAGAGGAAAUGGGAGCGGCAUAUGAGGAGAAUAUGGAUCGUGCCGAGCGUGCAGUUAAUGUUGUACAGGAAAAGAUGCUUUUUGCCGAGCAAAUGACGUUAUUGUUUCCACAUAUAUACGAAGCUUUGGAACAAAGUGGUUUUACAGAUAUUAAUUACGCAGUGACUUUCUUCGCCACUUGCUAUAGAUUUAAAAUCAGAAAAGCGGCAUCAGCUCUGUACCGUAUGUACAUGGCGGGAAAUAAAAAUCUAUCUACUGAAGUUCUCAAUACUGUUAGGAUGUUGUUCCUUAAAAGGAAUAUCAGAGGAGAUGUUGAUAUUGUGGAGACUGCAAAUUGUUUGAUGGAAAGACUAAAUGAUAAAGAAGAGGGUGAUCGUGUUGCUAUCCAGGACCUACUCUACUAUGCCUUUUCCAAUACUCCGUUCCCUGGAGGGCUUGUUUCUCACUUGAUCAAUAUAAUAAUUAAAGUUCCACCUCCUUACAAAUGUCCAGCCUUCACUGCUCUUGCGUUACUGACAAGGGUUGAUCCGUAUGGAAUGCGUAAAUACCUUCGUGUGUUCCAUAAAUGUGUGAAGUCUGAAGAUGUUCGUGAAGCUUGCGAUGCGUUAAAAGUAAUAACAAACCUGAUUCCAUUACAAGAGGAUGAUCCUGCUAAAGAAGAAGAAAAUUAUCGUUUUCGGUUGCGAGCUACCGACUCUAUUUUUCAUGAUAUCGAAAGUCUGUUCCUACGCGGAUUUUUGGCUGACGAUAAGAAACAUUUGGAUGAUGGAAGCCUCGUAUCCGAUUACUGGUACACAUGUGCACGUACUUGUAUUAGAGCGAUUUUCGCUAUUGCUUCAGACGUGGACUAUUUAAUCUCAAGGAUUCUUGGGAAGGUUUUGUGGCACGCCAAACGAGCUGCUGAUGUAUAUAUUGCGUUUACAAGAUCGCAGGAGAAUAGACCCAUUCCAGAAGGAGUCAUUGUAGAUUUGAUUAAAAAAGAAAACGAACGCUUAUGUGUUGCUUGGCAGAGGACAACAGAACGCGCUCUUAUGGUGGUUGGUGAGGUUAUUGAGGGUACUCUGUUCUAUGUUGACAACAACUUUCCAAAAUUAUUGAAACGUGCAAUGGAACUUGAUGACAAUGCUGAAGAAGAAUUACCGGAUGUUCCCGAACCAUAUGCGGAUUACAAUAAAGAACACACUGAUAUCGAGAUGGAUUUUGCUUAUCGAGAAGGAAUCUUUGCUAGAACAAUUACACCCGCAAAACCGAAAACUGCUGACUCGUCGAAAUCUGAAAAAUCUGAAGUUGAAUCGGAGCGGUCGGAACCGUCAGUGAAUACAGGAAAUGCGAAUGAACCGACCGAAGACGAAGUAGAAGAAGACGAGUCAAAUCGACCUUCCACCGACGAAUUAAUCCGAACGCGCACUUUGGAGUUGUUAGAAAGUCGUCUGUUACGUAAGGAUGGUGUUAUGGGACAAUGUCUAACUAUGGUUGUAUUUUUCGUUCGAACCCCUAAUGUUCCUAAAGCAAUCGCUGAUGCUGCUUUAAGAGCAUUCAGCAAGUUUUUGCUGAUAAGUCCUCAGGUCACAGAAAGAGCUAGCUCGCUUUUCCUUACAUACACAUGUUGCCAUCCGGAUCCUGAUAUGAGAGAAUACCUUCUGGUUUCUGCUGUUGAUGUUAUGCAGCGUUUCCCAUCAAUGCUAGAUCGUCAUGCUUUGUUCUUAUUUGACAUGCCUAUCGAUAAGGACGUGAAUGUUAAAAUUACUGCUUUACUGUACUUGACACGAAUGCUUACACGUGAUAUACUAAAACCAAGAGGUACACUUUCGAACGUUGCUCUUUGUAUGCUGAAGAAGAGACCAUCAAAUGAUCAAUCAUGUCCAGUAUCCGGAUCUCGUGAAGUAAUUGCUCUUGCUAGGAAACUUUUCUAUGAAAUUUCCCUUAAGGGUAACCUCCUGGUUAAUGUCAUGCCCGAUUUAAUUUGUCGCGUAUGCCGCUGGGAGAAAGAAGUUCCUCUGAAUAAUUUCAAAGAAAUUGUCGAGAUAUUGCUCCCAUUAAUUGCGGAUAAACCUCUGGACACGAUCGUAGAGAAAAUGUGUCAAAGAUUUGAAUUCUGUAGCAGCCGAGAAGCUACAGCUCAUAAUCAACAUAUCGCACAUUAUUUCUCAUACUUCAUCUCACAAAUUCCUCUUUCUGAUACUUCAUUUUACAAGAUGCGCGAUUCAUUGCCGUAUUUUGCAACUUUCCUGGAAGAUGGCAUUGUUUAUCAUGACAUGAUUGCUCCAGUAAAUCAUCUGAUUACAUCCACUCAGUCCGUCGAUGUUAAGCAUGAUGCUGAAGAAUUUUUGCGUAAAGUAGAAUUUUUACACGUCAAAUCAACACUUACUGAUGAGGAGAGAGACAGAAUGAGUAAAGCAGUUGGACCUAUCAAUCUUGAUGUUCCUGUAAAACUCGACAAGGACGGUAAUCCUAUCAUAUUCUCAUUCGCUGACUGCGAUGAGCCGGUUGAAUACGAUGAUAAUUGA